GUUAUAAAGGCUGCUGGAGGUGCACGACAGUACAAACAGCGGCACCGGCUCUGAAACUUCUUUGGGUGUCCCAUCUUCAGCAAGCAACGAUGACGGAGAAUGGCGCGAUAGAGAAUGGGCAACCGGAGAAAAAAGCUCCACUGAUCCCGCAUCCGAUUAAGAAUCUGGAAGUGAAGCACACGAAGAUUUUUAUUAACAAUGAAUGGCACCCAUCUGAGAGUGGACGGCUGUUCGCAACCCACAACCCAGCAACAGGCGCACAGAUCUGCGAGAUUGAAGAAGGCGACAAGGAGGACGUCGAUAAAGCAGUGGAAGCAGCCAAAGCCGCCUUUCAAAGGGGCUCGCCCUGGAGACAAAUGGACGGCUCGAGCAGAGGAAGGCUGUUACACAAGCUGGCCGAUCUUGUGGAGCGGGACCGGGUCACUCUUGCCACCCUGGAAACCAUGGAUACCGGCAAACCAUUUCUGCAAGCCUUCUUCAUUGACCUGGAAGGAUGUAUCAAAACUCUGCGAUACUACGCGGGUUGGGCCGACAAAAUCCACGGCAAGGCCUUACCAGUGGAUGAUGAAUUUGUCUGUUUCACUAAACACGAACCCAUUGGCAUCUGUGGUGCGAUCAUUCCUUGGAAUUUUCCAUUGCUAAUGCUCACCUGGAAAGUCGCACCGGCCUUGUGCUGUGGGAACACCAUCGUCCUGAAACCUGCGGAGCAAACGCCUCUGACAGCACUCUACAUGGGCGCCUUGGUGAAAGAGGCUGGUUUCCCCCCUGGAGUGGUGAAUAUAGUGCCAGGAUUUGGACCAACAGCUGGAGCAGCCAUAUCAAGCCAUAUGGAUGUUGACAAAGUGGCAUUCACAGGAUCAACAGAGGUUGGAAAGCUCAUCAAAGAAGCUGCUGCCAAAAGUAACCUUAAAAGAGUGACCUUGGAACUGGGAGGGAAGAACCCGUGCAUCGUUUACGCUGACGCCGACUUGGACUGGGCAGUGGAUGCCACCCAGCAGGGAGCCUUCUUCAACCAGGGCCAAUGCUGUACCGCAGCCGCCCGCAUCUUCGUAGAGGAGUGCAUAUACGAUGAGUUCAUCAAACGCAGCGUGGAGCGGGCGAAACGGCAGGUCAUCGGAGACCCCUUUGACGUAAAGACGGCACAAGGACCGCAGAUUAACCAGGACCAGUUUGACAAAAUCAUGGAGUUGAUAGAUAGUGGAAAACGGGAAGGAGCCAUACUAGAAUAUGGAGGAUCGGCCAUACAAGACAGAGGGCUUUUUAUCCAGCCUACCAUAUUUUCUGGCGUGGGAGACCAUAUGAGAAUUGCAAAGGAGGAGAUUUUUGGUCCUGUGCAGUGUAUCCUGAAGUUUAGAACCCAAGAAGAAGUCAUCACAAGAGCCAACAACACUGAAUAUGGUUUAGUAGCGGCAGUGUUUACAAAAAGCAUGGACAAAGCCCUGAGUACCGCCUCGGCCCUGCAGUCUGGAACUGUGUGGGUAAAUUGCUACAAUGCUCUUCAUGUGCAGACCCCAUUUGGAGGCUACAAGAUGUCUGGAAACGGCCGGGAGCUAGGGGACUAUGCCCUGGCCGAGUACUGUGAAGUUAAGACAGUGACAAUGAAACUGACACAGAAGAGUCACUGAAGAGGACCGGAACUGCUUUGACGAUAGCAAAUGGAUUUUAAAGUCACAUUUGGGAAGAAAAAGAAAAUUCCAAAAAUGUGAAAGCUGUAAAAAGCCUAAUAUUUCUUAUUUAUUCAAAAAUUUCCUCUGAAGAGUUUUUUUUAUGUUAAAUGUCUACACCUUAGUGGAUUUUUUAGCAACUAAAAAAAAAUGACUGGAAAAUAAUGACCCAAAGGAAACAAGUGGCCUUGGACGUGCAUUUCAUACAUGUCUCUUUUUUAUUUAAGUCCGACUGAACAAAAACAGUAAAUAUGCCCAGUAUCGUUCUUAAGUAUGGACAAAUCAAUAACUAUGUAUCAUGAUUUUUGUAAGUCAUCUAGAGUAACGUUAAUAAAAAAAAAAAAAAUGAAUGUAUAAGAAGAUCAACAAUAGCUGGAAGAUUCCUGAAGAUUCAAAGCGUCACU